AUGACGCAGACCCUCAAGUUCACCUCCAGAGUGUUCCAUCGUCUCCGCUGGGCUUCUGAGUUGGGUGCCUCCGAAGGCUUGGACUCAAUGCCCCGGAGUUUGGCGGACAUGCCCGGCCCCUCCAUGCCUAGCUUCCUGGCUGAACUUUUCUGCAAAGGGGGACUGUCUAGACUCCACGAACUGCAGGUGCAAGGCGCUGCGCGCUUCGGCCCGGUGUGGCUGGCCAGAUUCGGGACUAUGCGCACAGUGUAUGUGGCCGCCCCUGCACUCGUUGAGCAGCUGCUGAGACAGGAGGGUCCUCUGCCAGAGCGUUGCAGCUUCUCAUCCUGGGCGGAGCACCGUCGCCGCCACCAACGGGCUUGUGGACUACUUACCGCGGAAGGUGAAGAAUGGCAGAAGCUCCGUAGUCUUCUGGCCCCGCUCCUCCUCCGGCCUCAAGCGGCUGCGGGUUAUGCCGAAACCCUGGACAAAGUGGUCGGUGAUCUUGUGCGACUACUAAGGCGCCAGCGGGGACGUGGCACCAGGCCGCCCACCCUGGUUCGGGAUGUGGCGGGAGAGUUUUACAAAUUUGGACUGGAGGGCAUAGCCGCAGUGCUGCUGGGUUCGCGCCUGGGCUGCCUGGAGGCUGAAGUGCCCUCGGAUACCGAGACUUUCAUCCGCGCUGUAGGCUCAGUGUUUGUGUCCACGUUGUUAACCAUGGCGAUGCCCAAUUGGCUGCGUCGCCUAGUGCCAGGACCUUGGACACGCCUCUGCCGAGACUGGGACCAGAUGUUUGCGUUUGCCCAGCAGCAUGUGGAGCAGCGAGAGGCCGAGGAGGUAAUGAACCACGGAAACUCUGAAAAGGACAUGCCAACUGGGGCACAUCUGACCCACUUCCUUUUCCGGGAGAAAGUGUCUGCCCAGUCCAUCCUGGGGAAUGUGACCGAGCUGCUACUGGCUGGAGUGGACACGGUGUCCAACACACUCUCCUGGGCUCUAUAUGAGCUCUCCCGGCACCCAGAAGUCCAGAGAGCACUCCAUUCUGAGAUCACAACUACCCUGGGCCCAGGCUCCAGUGCCCACCCGCAAGCCACUGCUCUGUCCCAGCUGCCCCUGCUCAAGGCUGUGCUCAAGGAAGUACUAAGACUGUACCCUGUAGUACCUGGAAAUUCCCGCGUCCCAGACAAAGACAUUCGUGUGGGUGAUUAUAUUAUCCCCCAAAAUACGCUGGUCUCUCUGUGUCACUAUGCUACUUCAAGGGAUCCUGCACAGUUCCCAGAGCCGAACUCUUUUCGUCCAGCUCGCUGGUUGGGGGAGGGCCCAGCCCCCCACCCAUUUGCAUCUCUUCCCUUUGGCUUUGGCAAGCGCAGCUGCAUGGGGAGACGCUUGGCUGAACUUGAGCUGCAAAUGGCUUUGGCCCAGAUCUUGACCCAUUUUGAGGUGCUGCCUGAGCCAGGUGCUCCUCCAGUCAGACCCAUGACCCGAACUGUGCUGGUGCCUGAGAGAAGCAUUAACCUACAGUUUGUGGACAGAUAG